CCGGAGGCAAUGGUGGCCUGAAGGUGGCUAGUACGGUUGUCGUUAACCCAAACGGCGUCAACGGUGAUACCUUUAAAACCAUAAAUGACGCCGUUGCUGCUGCCCCAACAAAAGCAGAAUCCGGCGACGGAUACCUCGUUAUUUACGUCAUCGCCGGGGUUUACGAAGAGUACGUCACAAUCCCUAGCAACAAAUCAUACGUGAUGAUCGUUGGUGACGGCAUUGACAAAACAAUCAUCACCGGAAAUAGAAACGUCGUUGACGGUUCCACCACUUUUGCUUCUGCUACACUAGCUGUAAUCGGAGAAGGCUUCAUCGCGGCAAACAUAACCAUGAGAAACACGGCCGGGCCUAACAAACACCAAGCUGUUGCUGUCCGCAACAGUGCAGACAUGUCAGCAUUUUACAAAUGUAGCUUCGAGGGUUAUCAAGACACGCUUUACGUCCAUUCACUUAGACAGUUUUACAGAGAAUGUGAUAUAUAUGGAACGGUAGAUUUCAUAUUUGGAAACGCAGCUACGGUUCUCCAGAACUGCAACAUCAUUCCAAGGUUACCAGUUCAAGGACAGUUCAAUGCCAUAACGGCUCAAGGCAGGAGCGAUCCAAACCAGAACACCGGGAUUUCGAUACAAAAUUGUAGAAUUACACCUAGUGCUGAAUUGGUUACAAGUAACUUCUCGGUUAAGACGUACUUAGGCCGGCCGUGGAAGGAGUACUCAAGGACGGUUUAUUUGCAAAAUUUCAUGGAUGGGUUUAUCGAUGGUAAAGGAUGGAAUGAAUGGAUGGGUGAUUUCGCUUUGAGUACAUUGUAUUAUGCGGAGUUCAAAAAUACCGGACCAGGUUCAGAAACAGCCAACCGGGUUAACUGGCCCGGUUAUCAUGUGAUCAAUGAAAGUGAAGCUGUUUGGUUCACCGUUUCGAACUUUAUAGUCGGCGACAGCUGGCUGCCCAACAUGGGAGUUCCAUAUGCCGGUGGCUUCAUGUAAUCUCCAUAAACUUAAAUUAAACUUUGUGUAUGUUUAUGUCUACCGCUGUGAUUUAUCUAUUUGAAUGUGUUCAUGAUCAAACUUAGAAAAGUUAAUC